AAUUUCCUAUAUUCUUUCUCCUCACACUGUCCAUUUCCAUGGUCUCCGAAUUCGGACUGAAGUCGAGCAUUUCUUAGUAACUUUAGCUUUAAAACAUGGCGCUCCCACGUAUUUUGGAGCCCGAAGAAGACGGAAUUGUUGGACCAUUUGAGCAAAAAGUUAGACAUUUAUUAUCACUAACAUUCCGAUUUAUUUUGGCAGUUUUUACGGCUUCCCAUCUAUUUGAUUUUAUGUUUUCCAGCAUAUGGAUGCAUGGAUAUGUAUGGACAUUAAAUCUUCCAAUCGAUUUGGAUAUGACUGAUAAACCAGCUGGAGCACUUGUAAAGCAUCAAUUGGAUAACAUGGGUCAUUUAGAAAGAACUAUUCAAUCUGUUCUUAUUGUUUUGGCAGUUGUUAUGGUCUUAUUAGCUCAAGGAUUCACACAAAAACCUGGGAAAACCACGUGGCAAUUGUUCAAUACGUCCGCUGUUGUUGGCUUGAUUUGCGGAUUCAUCAGGCCAGUUCAGAUGCAACAAAGAUUAUUCUCUAGUCUGCACGAAGGAUUUUAUUGCUAUUUUAUGUUCUUUAUCAUCUCAUUCAUUUUGACAGUUCGAUUUGAUGAGAAACUACCGAAAAAGAAUGCAUUGGUUGAAAAUCCAUCAAAGGAAGAAGAAGCUGAAGUAGAAAAGAAGAAUAAUUGAAAAUAAUUUUGAAAUGUAGUAUUUAUUGAGCGUUCGGGUAUCAAUAUUAUGAUGGUAAUAAAAUUUACGAAAUUUUAUCAGAAUGAAUAAACGCGCACGUAAUUUU